CACUUGAUGUAAAAGGCUUUACCUUAACUAGCCUACCCGUCCACCCGUCCAUUGUUUUUGCUAAACACACUCAGAUGACUGAUAAGGGAGACCCUGCGGGGGAAAUCAAUUUGAAUUUAGGAGAACUAGAUUUGACGUCGGAAGACUUUUGGCUGGAUGAGGUUGAUGAGCAUAUUCAGAAGAACUUGGAAGAUGAGGUCGUACAAGAUGCUCUUAAAAAGGGCACAGAUUUGAGAACUUAUGCUAAAGAAGUUGAAAGAGAGCUGCUGGAUGUUGAAAAUGCCUCAAUACAAGACUAUAUUAAGGAAUGUGGAAACAUUGCUAGUUUACACAAACAGAUAGCAGCAUGUGACACCAUACUAGAGAGAAUGGAGGAGAUGCUGAAUGGAUUUCAGGGGGACCUGAGUAGCAUCAGUAGCGAGAUCCAAAGUCUCCAGGAACAGUCUGUCAGUAUGAACAUCAAGCUCAAAAACAGACAGGCUGUACGAGGAGAGCUGAGUCAAUAUGUGGAUGAAAUGGUAAUUCCUGAACAGAUGAUUAACCACAUAUUAGACACUCCUGUGACAGAGAGAGAAUUUUUGGAGCAGCUACACGAACUGAAUCAUAAGAUCAACUUUGUCAAGGAACAGUCCUUCAAGGAUGCAAGGGCUUGUCAUGAUGUGAAAGAUAUCCUGGAAAAACUCAAGAUUAAGGCUAUUUCCAAAAUCAGAGAGUUUUUGAUGCAGAAGAUUUACUCAUUUAGAAAACCUAUGAGUAAUUAUCAAGUUCCCCAAAAUGCCAUGCUGAAAUUCAGAUUUUUCAAUGAAUUCCUGAUGGCUAAUGAGAGACACGUUGCUAGAGAGAUUCGAGAUGAGUACUUAGAUACAAUGUCUAAAAUCUACUACUCCUACUUCAAGGGUUACCUCAGUCGCUUGAUGAAACUGCAGUUUGAAGAAGUGGCUGACAAAGAUGACUUGAUGGGAGUGGAGGACACAGCCAAGAAAAGUUUCUUCAGCUCCAAACCGGCCCUGAAGAAUCGCUCAACAGUUUUUACCCUCGGCAACAGAGGGGAGGUUUUAACAGCGAGACUGGAGGACCCCAUUAUUGUCCCUCAUGCCCAGCAGAAGUCAGACACAAAGUUUAAUUUUGAGAGUUUGUUUCGGAGUUUACACUAUGCCCUGAUGGACAACUGCUGCAGAGAGUACCUAUUCUUAGUAGAUUUUUAUAUGGCAUCAGGCACAGCCGCCCUGGACCUAUUUAAUGCCAUCAUGUCAAAAACCUUACAAACCUAUCUGAAAUCAAUGGAGGACCAUGUAACAGAGUGCUACGAUUCUAUCGCCAUUUUCCUAUCCAUACACAUAGUUCACAGGUUUAGAAGUAUCAUGCACAAGAGAGGGGUACCUGCUCUAGACAGGUAUUGGGAUACCCUUCUAGGUGUCAUGUGGCCUAGAUUUGAGACAGUUUUGCAUCUUAACAUACAGAGUGUGAGGGAUGUUGACCCACAGAAGUUUGGACACAUUGACAACAGACCACAUUAUAUCACCAGGAGGUAUGCUGAGUUUUCAGCAGCCAUUGUGGGGAUCAAUCAGUCAUUCCCUGAUGAACGAGUCCAUAACCUGCUUGAACAGUUACAAACAGAAGUGGAAAACUUCAUUUUAAAAAUGGCUGCUGAGUUCCCCUUAAGGAAGGAGCAGCUUAUUUUCCUCAUCAAUAAUUACGACAUGAUGUUAGGUGUGCUCAUGCAUGCAUCUGCUACUAAGUUUAGACAGGAGCGAACGGCAGAAGAAUCCAAGGAGUCGGAGAGUUUUAAGGAACUGCUGACAGCUCGAACUCAGGAGUUUAUAGAGGAAGUGUUAUCGCCUCACUUUGGUGGAAUGAUUUCAUUUGUCAAGGACAGUGAGAGUAUCAUAGAAAGGGCUGGUGUGGAAGCACUAAGACCUGAUGAGAGAAGAGUACAGUCCAUUGUGCGUGGAUUUAACAGUGACUGGAAAAGAGCUCUAGAACUGAUCAAUGGAGAUGUAAUGAGGGCAUUUACAAAUUUCAAAAACGGUACCCAGAUUUUACAGGGAGCCUUAACUCAGUUGAUUCAAUAUUACCACAGAUUCCAAAAAGUGCUGGGACAGGGACCAUUCAAAAAUAUGCAAAUUAGGAAUGAACUCAUUAAUAUUCAUCAUGUGAUGGUAGAAGUCAAGAAAUAUAAACCAACAUUUUAGGAGCUUAAAUUAAAGAACUGUGUCAGAUUAAGGAUGGGUGUGUUAUACAAUGUAGUACCAGGUCACAUUGUAUACAUGUAUUUACUAAGAUUAGAACAUAAUGGAAGUGUGCAACUACAUGUACAUCUUCAUGUGAUGAAUGUUUUUCUCAGUGCAAUAUUUUAUUUUGGAAAAAAAAUUGUGCAAGUACAUAUAUGUUUCAAAAAUAUACAUACUUGAUAAAUUAAUUGAGCAGUGAAAAA